UAUCAUAUAAAAUGAGCGAUCAAACCCAAGCCAUCUGUUACUUUUCUUGUGCAGUUAUUACAGGCUGUAUUAGUUCUUACCUUUACUCCAAACAUAGACAAUACCAUGAGUACGAAAAUGAGAUUGCAGAGCAAUCUACUGAAGCACCAGGGGAUAUUAGAAACAAGUUAAAAGAUCCUGAGCUAGCUGAGCAGUUCAAAAAUGAAGGAAAAAUGUCCUACAUCACUGGAAUUGCAGUGUCCCCUAAAAUGAUAAAGGAAGCAAGGAAGGAUCCGCUCAAGAUACUUGAAAUCGAACCUCCAUCGUUCUUGGUCACUUCUAAUCCAAAGAACAAUGAGAUAACCAACAUGCUCGAUUCCCCAACUAAGCUGAUUUUGAGAGAUGAAAUAGACGUAACUCGUACUUCAGUUAACCUUAAAUACGAGAUUACUCGAAAAGUGUGCCAUCCUUUCUUCCUGCUUGAUUAUGCAAACAAAGAAAUGAUCUUCAACAUGGACGGAAACCAUGCUGAGCUUUAUGCUCCAAGAGCUGAAAUUGGAAAUAAUUCCAACUACAUCAGAGAGCUCUUGGUUGGCACAGUAGCGCUUGCAGCCACUGGAGAAAGCUUCACAUACAAUCACUUCCAGAAUGUGAUUUAUGAAGGAGAUAUUGUCACAAUUGCCGGCAUCAUUAAAUAUAAUCUUGCAACUGACUCUCUGUUCUUUGAUAAAACAGAAGUGAUCUCAAGCGGAGGAGAACAAAACUUACUCUAUUACUUCCGUGAUAGAAAGGAUGAUUUCAAGAUCGGAUUUGGAGUCGCAGUUGCAGUCACUGCUAUUCUCGCAGGUGUAGGUGCUUAUUUCUACUUGAAGCAUCGCAAGAAUAAGGAAGAGGCACGCAAGAGAGCUGAGUUUGAGAAAGGCAAGCAAAACAUCGAAAAUAUUCCUGAAGAUCAACUCUGCACUAUUUGCUUUGCAUCCAGAAGAGACGUCAUUAUUUUGCCAUGUAACCACUUAGUAAUGUGCAGAUUCUGCUUUGCAGAGAUCAGAGGAAAGUGCACUCAUUGUUCUCAAGAGUUCGACGACCAUAUAGUUUUGGAUUUUAAAUAAAUCUUAGUUGCCAAUCCUUA